AGGCUGCUCGAGCUGCCGGGCCUCCCGCGCGGGAGCCGCCCCCGCGGGGCCGCUCGGGGGGGGGGGCCCGCGCGGCGCCGCGCGGCGCUCCCACUCCGAGGGCUCGGCGCACGCCCUCGCCGGCGCCCCGCCCCCUGUGCCGUCCAGGCGCACGCGAGUUGCAGCCAUGAACUCGCUGGAUGCAACGAUGGCGAAAGGGAAGGCCAGAGAAGAUGUAGACGAUGACGAGAAGGAGCCGGAGCAGCUCGACGAGGACGACGUCGACAUCAUGCGCACCUACGGCAUCGGCCCCUAUGUGCGGCCGCUCCAGAAGGUGGAGCAGGAGAACAAGGACUACAUAGGGAAGAUUAACAAGCUCAUCGGAGUGAAGGAGUCCGACACCGGCCUAGCGCCACCAAGCCAGUGGGAUUUGGAGGGCGACAAGCAGAUGAUGAAGCAGGAGCAGCCGCUGCAGGUGGCGAGGUGCACUAAGAUCAUCGAUCCCGGCACGGACGACACGAAGUACAUCAUAAAGAUCCGUGAGUUCGCGAAAUUCGUCGUGGGCCUCGGAGAGAAGGUCUCCGCCACGGACAUCGACGAGGGCAUGCGGGUUGGCGUGGACACCUCUCACGGAGGCAAGUACCGCAUCCAGAUCCCGCUGCCGCCGAAGAUCGACCCAUCCGUGACCAUGAUGACUGUAGAGGAGAAGCCGGACGUCACCUACAACGACGUCGGCGGCGCCAAAGAGCAGCUGGAGAGGCUGCGCGAGGUCAUCGAGAUGCCCCUGCUCCAGCCGGAGCGCUUCGUCGCGCUCGGCAUCGACCCUCCGAAGGGUGUUUUGCUCUACGGCCCCCCGGGCACGGGCAAGACGCUGACGGCGCGGGCGGUGGCCAACCGCACCGACGCGUGCUUCAUCUGCGUCAUCGGCUCCGAGCUCGUCCAGCGCUACGUCGGGGAGGGUGCCCGGAUGGUCCGGGAGCUCUUCCAGCUCGCGCGCACCAAGAAGGCGUGCAUCCUGUUCAUCGACGAGGUGGACGCCAUCGGCGGCUCGCGGGGCGGCGACGAGGGGAACAGCGACAGCGAGGUGCAGCGGACGAUGCUGGAGAUCGUCAACCAGCUGGACGGCUUCGAGGCGCGGGGCAACGUGAAGAUCCUCAUGGCCACCAACCGACCGGACACCCUCGACCCGGCCUUGCUCCGGCCUGGCCGCCUCGACAGGAAGAUCGAGUUCGGGCUGCCGGACCUCGAUGGCCGGACUCACAUCUUCAAGAUCAAGGCGAAGACGAUGGCCAUGGACCGGGACAUCCGGUACGAGCUCUUGGCCCGCCUGUGCCCGAACACCACUGGCGCCGAGCUGACGAGCGUGUGCACCGAGGCCGGGAUGUACGCCAUCCGCGCGCGCAGGAAGAGCAUCUCGGAGAAGGAUCUGAUCGACGCCAUUAACAAGGUGGUGAAGGGAUACUCGAAGUUCUCGGCGACCCCGAAGUACAUGGUCUACAACUGAGCUGGGCGUUGCGCCUCACGGGCACACCUGCCGUUGGCGCGCAUGUCUGGGAUGCGAGUCCCCGUCGCCCCCCCCCCCCCUGCAGGUCCCCUUCCCCGCCGCUGCAGCUCCUCCCCCGCUCCCCCCAACCCUCCUCCCCCCCGCCACUGCGCGCCCGCGCCCCGGCCGGGCCGGGGGGGCGCACAAGGCGACGCCGUUGGCGCGCGCGCGGCGGCGAUCCGCGGCGGAGUGCGGGCCCCGGCGGCGGCGGAGCGUGCGCCCGGCUGCCGGCCGCGGCGGGAGGGGG